CUCAAGCAGCGGUCUAAAACAGUUUAUUUAAUCACCAAAUGGACACAGGUUUACUUCAAUAAUGAACAAUAAGGCAUAGAUGAGUUUGAAGUUCGGUGUUUAAAAAACGGAGCAAACGGAAAGAGAAAUCGUGAUCUAUAUAAUAUAGAUCGCGCUUUCUCUUUCCAUUUUCUCUUUCCGUUUUUUUUCCGUUCUCUUUCUCAUCUUUAGCGAGCUGUCAGAAGACCGAAAGAGCGUGUUGACCGUCGUCGACACCCUAACCCCCGAAUAUACUCCUGGCCUGUGGGUCUGGCUCUCCACACGUGACCUUAGUCUCCGGCUACCCUGCUGCAAACUCAAGUCCCAGCCGCUGGUGCUCCGAGAGGGGUGGACGACCUAGAGGAGGCUUACCAGGUGCGAGAAAACCUGGAUUCCCGACACAGGGGAAGAAUUCUUCAGUAUCUCGUGGACUGGGAGGGGUAUGGACCGGAGGAGCGGUCUCGGGUGAUGGACGUAUUCCACAUGCACUGCGUCAGUGCUUUCGUGUUGGAUGAGGAUGGAACUGGUGUGGAUACAGAGGACUUUUUUCAGACCUUAAAAGGCAACACUGUCCUCAUGGUCUUAAGGAAAGGACAGAAGUGGGCUCCACAGCAGAGACACCUUCCAGGUCAGAAGAAAGUAGAAAGGAAACAUAAUACCAAGAGUGGUCCUGGAUGUGGCUGGAAAAAGCCAAGGAAAGACGUUGCCAAACUGACCAUUGAUCUUUACAAAAACCACCCACAGGAUUUCAUUGGCUGCCUAAAUGUGCAGGCAACCUUGUAUGGAAUGUAUUCUGUUUCAUAUGAUUUGCAGUGCUAUAAGGCAAAAAGAAUGCUAAGGGAAGCCUUAAAAUGGACUCUCUUCACUAUGCAGACUACUGGCCAUGUUUUAGUAGGAACUUCGUGUUAUAUUCAGCAUCUUAUUGAUGAGGACGAGAAAAUGGAGGCACAACUGAUAUCGCCUGCAUGUAUCAUCAAGCAAUUAGAACAUUAAAUGAUGGUGUUUCACAGCUUGGGCAAACUUACAAGAGUGCACUGCUUGUAGAUUUAAUGCUUGAUAAAAAGCAUAUUUGUGAGUUAUUUACUUCUGUGCAAACAGUAAAAUGUACAGUUAAACUGUGCUUAUAAUUUUAUAUUUUUCUCCUGAUAUCUCCUGUAUUUCUACAUACAAGUUCUUAAUUAAACAUUUCAUGUGUUAAAAUUAGAGUUGUCAAAGUUAACGAUGUUAACGCACAUAAAUAACUAAACAUGUUUCAUGUUAUUUCAUUUCAUUUGGCUUUAAAUUAUAAUUGCCAUCCUCUCAAAAUUGUUAACCCAACUCUUGCGUAUACUGUGUUUUGUUUUGUUGCAUUUGAAAAGUAAUGAAUCUAACAAUGUAACUAAACUACAAUAUAUCAAGAUAUUAGUUGUUUAAUUGUUUUAGUCAAUUGACAGCCCUAUUAAAACAGUUUUAACAUUUUCACCUUGUUAAUCUUUGUCUAAAAUUGCAGAUAAUAUUGCAUGUUCUUUAACAAUGUUAACAGAAUAAAAUUACUUUUAUCCUGUGAGGAUUGUAUUACCACACAAUUCCACAAGAGGGCAA